AUGGGAUGCAUAAAAUCAAAACAAGUCGGCGUGCUUGAACCAGCCUCUGGUCGAGCGGAACCCGCAAGCAACGACCCUAACGCCCGAAUUAAUCCCCCUAAUCCCUUGGAAGAACAAACAGAACAAUCCACAAGCAACGACCCUUAUAUUCCAGUUAUCCUCCCUCAUACGGAGAGGGACGACAUGUUACCUUCACCGGAAGAACUCACAGAAACAUCCUCAAGCAACGACCCUUACAUUCCAGUUAGCCUCCCUAAUACGGAGAAGGAAGCAAAGCUACCUUCACAUGAAGAACUCACAGAAAAAUCCACAAGCAACGACCCUUGCAUUCCAGUUAGUCCCUCUAAUAUGGAGCAGGAAGACAUGUUACCUUCUCUGGAAGAACUCGCAGAAGAAUCCAAAAGCAACGACCUUUGCAUUCCAGUUAGUCAUCCUAAUAUGGUGAAGGAAGACAUGCUACCUUCUCCGGAAGAACCCAUAGAAGAAUCCAAAAGCAACGACCCUUACAUUCCAGUUAGUCCCCCUAAUAUGAAGGAAGACGCAUUACCUUCUCCGGAAGAACCCGCAGCAGAACCCACAAGCAACGACCCUUACAUUCCAUUUAACCCCAAUAAAAUGUUGAAUAAACGCCCAGCGCGUUCUCCAGAAGACUCCACGGGCAAGACUAUUAACCCCCCAUUAAAACCCCCUAAUACGAAGAAGAUAGACGCUGUACCUUCACCGGAAGCAUUUGCUGCUAUCGAUGCCCAUACGUUGAAGGUGAGAAUGAACAGAAGGUCUGUUGAAAUGACUGUGUGCCAGCUGAUGUGUCAUAGCAUAUGUCGGUGA